UGGAGCCGCUGCCAGACUGAAGCCUCCAGAAACUUCCCUCAGGUUCACCUGACGUCACAGGAUAAACAAAGCCGCUGAUUGGCUGGAUGAGGAAGCAGGCGGGCGGGAGCAGUUUGCUCCGAGUGUUUCCAGAAGAUCCUAGAAGACGUCCUGGCGGCGAGGUCACGUGAACGCGAGGACGGCCUUUGAUUGGUGGGAGCCGCGAUCGAAGUCUGGGGAACCUUCCAGCCGUUGCCAGAGCGACGCUUGUCGUUAUAAAUACAGCAGCGCGCGGGGACAGAGCUUCAGUUCACCUGAGGAGACAGGCGUGAGAGCACUGGGAGUCUCUAUAUAUCACAGAGCAGGCUGUCACAGGGCACCUACCUGAGAGGGCACCUACCUGGCAAGACACCUACUGCUGGCAGGAUACCUACCUGAGAGGGCACCUACCUGGCAAGACACCUACCGCUAGCAGGAUACCUAACUGAGAGGGCACCUACCUGGCAAGACACCUACUGCUGGCAGGAUACCUAUCUGAGAGGGCACCUACUUACCUUAUUGGAAACCAUCAAGAGACUUGAACUUGCUCUCAAAGAUGGCAAAUAAGGCAGUGGCUAUUGGCAUUGAUCUGGGAACAACCUACUCCUGUGUUGGGGUGUUCCAGCAUGGCAAGGUGGAGAUCAUAGCUAAUGACCAAGGAAACAGGACUACCCCAAGCUAUGUGGCCUUCACAGACACAGAAAGGCUGAUUGGAGAUGCUGCCAAGAACCAGGUCGCCCUCAACCCUCAGAAUACAGUGUUUGAUGCCAAGAGACUGAUUGGGAGGAAAUUUGAGGAACCAGUGGUGCAGUCUGACAUGAAGCACUGGCCCUUUACGGUGGUCUGUGAUGGAGGAAAGCCCAAGGUGAAGGUGGAGUACAAGGGAGAAGAGAAGACUUUCUCCCCUGAGGAGAUCUCAUCCAUGGUCCUGACCAAGAUGAAGGAGACAGCUGAGGCUUACCUGGGCUAUACUGUGACAAGUGCUGUUAUUACUGUCCCAGCCUACUUCAACGACUCUCAGAGGCAGGCUACCAAAGAUGCCGGCGUUAUUGCUGGUCUAAAUGUACUCAGAAUAAUUAAUGAGCCCACUGCAGCCGCAAUUGCCUAUGGACUGGAUAAGAGUGGGAGAGGUGAGAGAAAUGUCCUGAUAUUUGAUCUGGGAGGUGGUACAUUUGAUGUGUCCAUCCUGACCAUUGAUGAUGGCAUUUUCGAAGUCAAAUCCACUGCUGGGGACACCCACUUAGGAGGUGAAGAUUUUGAUAACCGAAUGGUGAAUCACUUUAUGGAAGAGUUCAAGCGCAAACAUAAGAAAGACCUAAGUCAAAACAAGAGGGCUAUCAGGAGACUACGGACUGCUUGUGAGAGAGCCAAGCGCACUCUGUCCUCUAGCACCCAGGCCAGUAUUGAGAUAGACUCUCUUUAUGAAGGUAUUGACUUCUACACAUCCAUCACCAGGGCUCGGUUUGAAGAACUGUGCUCAGAUCUGUUCAGAGGCACGCUGGAGCCAGUGGAGAAAGCCUUGCGAGAUGCCAAGCUAGACAAGUCUCAGAUGAAUGAGAUUGUACUUGUUGGAGGUUCUACUCGUAUCCCCAAAGUUCAAAAACUGUUACAAGACUUCUUCAAUGGCAAAGAGCUGAACAAGAGCAUCAAUCCAGAUGAAGCUGUUGCAUAUGGAGCAGCUGUGCAGGCUGCCAUUCUGACUGGUGACAAAUCUGAAAAUGUUCAAGACUUGCUCCUGUUAGAUGUUGCUCCUCUCUCAUUGGGCUUGGAGACAGCUGGCGGCGUGAUGACGGUUCUAAUAAAACGCAAUACCACCAUCCCUACCAAGCAAACCCAGAUUUUUACCACAUACUCAGACAAUCAGCCUGGUGUGCUAAUCCAAGUCUACGAAGGAGAAAGGGCCAUGACCAAAGACAACAACCUUCUUGGAAAGUUUGACUUGAGUGGGAUACCCCCAGCUCCACGAGGAGUGCCACAGAUUGAAGUCACCUUUGAUAUAGAUGCCAAUGGUAUCCUCAACGUGUCUGCUGUUGACAAGAGCUCUGGUAAACAGAACAAGAUAACCAUUACAAAUGACAAGGGUCGUCUCAGCAAAGAAGACAUUGAGAAAAUGGUACAAGACGCAGAGAAAUACAAAGCUGAUGAUGAAGCUCAAAGAGAGAAAAUUGCUGCGAAAAAUGGACUUGAGGCGUAUGCCUUUAACAUGAAGAGUACCGUAGAAGAUGAUGCUAUAAAGGGCAAGAUCAGCGAGGAAGAUAAAAACGCCAUUCUGGACAAAUGCAAGCAGGUACUCGCUUGGCUGGAAGCAAACCAGCUGGCAGAUAAGGAAGAAUAUGCACAUCAACAAAAAGAGCUAGAGAAGCUGUGUAACCCCAUCAUUACCAAACUAUACCAGGGUGGCAUGCCAGAAGCUGGACAUGCUGGCGGCAACCAGGCAAAAGCUGGCCCUACUAUUGAAGAGGUGGAUUAAAUGCUUGCCAGAGUUGCCAAAAGUGCUUCCAAUAGCAGCGUUAACUGCACAGAUAUUACGAUUUUCUUAAUAGCUCGCUUUAGUCAAAUUGUUUAAAAUGUAAAAAAAAACAAA